AUGUCAUCGGAAAUGGAUAACAACGACAACGACAACGACAACACCGCUAAUGUUGUAUACAAGACACGAGUGGUGUUCAGAGUGAUGGACAUGAAAAACAUAUUGUCUGUUAAUAAUGGUUUUACUAUUCAUAGCAAAAAACUAAACAUUGGAUCAGAUGAAUGGUUUUGUAGUAUUAGUUUUACUAAUAAAAUGGUAAAACUAAAUCUUCAAGUGAUUCCAAGUUUUGAACAUCAAUUGUCAUUUGAAGCUGAAUACGUAAUGUAUAUCAUUGACGACAAUAACCAAUUGUUUUUCAAAAAACAAAUUAAUUAUGACUUUGAUUGGCGCUAUCAUUACAAUAAGUCUGAUAUUUGUUCAGUAAAAGAGUUGUCGGAUAAUAAGGACCGACUAUUGGCUAAUAAUAUCCUAACCGUUGGUUUCGAUAUAACAGUUUACAGGGAAAUCAAUUGCCGAGAAAAUUCUGUCCCAAAACCCAAUCGUUUCGGAAGAAAAUCGGAAGACAUUACCAAAGAUUGUCGAUUAGUUGUCGGCAAAGAAGAUCAGAAAGAGUUUUUCGUCUCAAAACUGUUUCUCAGUUCAAAGUCGGAUGUCUUCGAUAGGAUGUUUACCACAGAUUUUAUUGAAAAGAAAAACAACGAAGUGAUCAUCGAUGACAUUGAUAGCGAUGUCUUCGAGCAGUUCCUACAGUAUCUCUACACUGGAAACUGUGAUAAAUUGUAUGAAAUGUUGGAUGAAUUGCUAUACGUUGCCGACAAAUAUAUGGUAUCUUCGCUGAAGACUAUUUGUUUGAAUUUGAUUUUUUUGAAAAUCAAUGGUAAAAAUGCUUUCCAAACAAUACGACAAUUGAAAGACUUUGGUGCCGAUAGUGAACUCAUGAUUAUGGCCAACAAAUGGAUCGGAGAGAACAUCCCUUCAGUGGUUAAUCAAGAAAUUCUCAAACACUAUACCAUUGAUUCAGAUGAUUUGUGGCUAAUUUUACAUUAUUUAGGAAAUCAAUUGAGUCCAAGACAAUCACAUUUACUUUAUUAUACAUACAGUUAUAAUAAUUAA